AUGGAAGCUGACACGAUCGACGAGCCCGUGACCAAGGUGCGCGAAAAUGGCGCCCUCGCCGUGGAAAGGCCCCGAGUGCAGCUCAUGCCCAAGCAUGAGAGAGAAAAGCUUCGCCGCAUACGGGAAGCCAACAAGGCGUACGGCCGAGGCAGGAAAAUCAACACCAAGAACAUCAAGGACAAGAAACUCCGAAGCAGCAUGAAGCGUCUCGAGGGCAAGUACCAGGACGCCGCAGUCAAGGCAAAGGACGCCGAGAUCCUGCUCGAAAACACGGCCGGCUUCCUCGAACCCGAGGGCGAGAUGGAGCGCACGUUCAAGACUCGGCAGGAAGAAAUCGUCUCCGACGUCGGGGUAGCGACGGCGCAGAAGCGCUUCGACCUGAAACUCGACGCGCUUGGUCCCUACAUGUGCGACUACACCAGGAACGGCCGCGAACUGCUGCUGGCCGGGCGGAAAGGCCACGUCGCCACCAUGGACUGGCGAGAGGGCAAGCUCGGCUGCGAGCUGCAGCUGGGCGAGACGGUCCGCGACGUCAAGUGGCUGCACAACAACCAGUAUUUUGCGGUCGCGCAGAAGAAGUACGUCUACAUUUACGACAGGAACGGCGUGGAACUGCACACUCUGAGGAAGCACAAUGAGGUGACACACAUGGAGUUUCUGCCGUACCACUUCCUCCUGGCUACGAUUGGCACCGGCGGCGUGAUCAGAUACCAGGACACUUCGACCGGUCAGCUGGUGGCCGAGAUGCCCUCACGACUGGGACAGCCCGUGUCCAUGGCGCACAACCCCUACAACGCCAUACUGCACGUCGGACACCAGAACGGCGCCGUCACAUUGUGGUCACCCAACUCGCAAGACCCGCUGGUCAAGCUUCUCGCGCACCGCGGACCCGUCCGAUCCCUAGCCACGGACCGAGAGGGCCGCUACAUGGUGUCGGCCGGACAGGACCUCAAGAUGGCAGUAUGGGACAUAAGAAUGUUCAGAGAAGUCAACAGCUACCACACGCGCCAACCAGCCUCGUCGGUGCACAUCUCGGACACGGGCCUCACGGCCGUCGGGUGGGGAACGCAAACCACUGUCUGGAGAGGCCUCUUUGACAAGCACGCCGCCGUCCAAGAGAAGGUGAAAGCACCGUACAUGACGUGGGGCGGCGAGGGCAAUCGCAUCGAGCGUGUGAGAUGGUGUCCCUUCGAAGACGUGCUCGGCGUAGGCCACCAUCUCGGCUUCUCAUCACUCAUCAUCCCCGGCGCCGGCGAAGCCAACUUUGACGCACUAGAGGUGAACCCCUUUGAGACGGCCAAGCAGCGGCAGGAAUCCGAAGUCAAGGGCCUCCUCAACAAGCUUGCGCCCGAGAUGAUCGCCCUGGACCCCAACUUCAUCGGCAAUCUGGAUCUGAGAUCCGACGCCCAAAGAAAGGCAGACAAGGACCUGGAUGCCCCGGCCGUGGAUGUCGCCGAGGAAAUCAGGAAGAGAGCCCGGGGCAAAAACGGCGCAUUGAAGAAGUACCUGCGCAAGCAGCGGAAGAAGAACGUCAUCGACGACAAGAGGAUGCGGGUGGACGAGCUGUGGAACGAGCAGCAGAAGCUCAAGGACAAGAAGAGGGAGGAGGCCGCGGCAGAUCUGGGACCAGCCUUGUCAAGAUUUGCCAGGAAGGAUUGA